UGCUAAAUAAAUGUUGUUAUUUUUAUUUUCUUUGCAUACAAAAAAUAUUAUCGUCGCUUCAUAAAAUUCAGAUUGAACCACUGAUGGCAGAUGGACUAUUUUGGCGAUGUUUUUUUUAAUACUUUUCUGUGCCUUGACAGUGUAAUUUACUUGGCAGUCAAUGGGACAGUCACAGUCACAUCUUAAAUUAUGUUCUGAGGACGAACGAAGCUUUUACGGGUUUGGAACGACAUGGGAGAAAUUGAACUGCUCCUCCCUUCGCUGUCAGUUUGGUUGCCAGAUUGAGAGAGAUGGUGAAAUGGGCUGUUUGUGUCCUCCAGGGCUCUACUUGGCUCCAGAUAACAGAACCUGCAAAGACAUAAAUGAGUGCGAUGGUCUCUCCCACACCUGCACAGAGUGCCAGUCCUGCAGGAACACUUUUGGGAGUUUCAUUUGUGUCUGUAAGGAUGGAUAUGUCUUGGGAACACUUCAGGAUGCAGUCACAUGUCGAGAUCAAGAUGAGUGUCUGACAGGCAACCAUCGCUGCAGCCACCAAGCCAGCUGUGUGAACACAGAAGGCUCGUACACUUGCCGAUGUGAUGAAGGCUACACUGGAGAUGGCUUCAGAUGCUGGAAGAGGAGCAACAGACUGUCAUGGGCUGCUAUGUACUUCCAGUAUAAACGCUCCAAACAGAUGAGGCCAGUAUAGAAACUGCAGAGCUGGGAUGGCUGUUCAUGUUUCAAUCAAUAUGUGUCAUGAAAUUAGUCUUUGUUUUUAAUGGAUUAACCAUCUAAAAUCAGGAAAUCAACCCAAGAACACCUGAGAGCAAGUUACACUGAUUAUAUAUUACAAACACUACAUUAAUUUGAAGGGGACAGGUAUCAUUACUUAAAACUCAAAACUACUUCACACUAAUGUCAGUACUUCUUAAUAAAAUACUGACCUCUGGUGGAAAGAUGUUUUCUAGCCCUUAACCAAGGGAUUUCAUAGAAUUCUUUUAUCUCGUAGAUCUUCGAUAUGUUCACUCAAGUUCUCUGAGUUCUAUAUUCAAGAGUACAUAGUGUGGAAAGGCUUACUGACAUAAUUAAGGGAAACCGGAGUGCGCUGUAGCUCAGGUCGAGCUCUUGCUGGUACUGUGGUGGGAAUGGGCAGCUGCGUCCAGACUCCCUUAACUCCAUUCACGUUCACCACAGCAGGUGUCACAUUGGACCUUCACAGAGAAACAGAGAGCACUCGAAACCCUGGAACUACUUACGGGACAGCCGAGAACAAAGGAACGAAACGGGGGAACGUACAGCCUCAUCGAAUAACUCAGACCACAAUGCCUGGAGAGGGGAAAAAAUUCCACAAACUCACCACAAGAAACGCGAUAAAACCUGCUCUUUUUCAUUCGAAGCUGUCAGAAAGCAUCUAUACAAAGGACACAAACAGAAACAUUUCAGAUAAAAGGUUCCAGGCCCCUUUUUAUGAAGCAGACCUCACACCAAGUUGUAUGUAAUUCCUACCAGAAACCGGUUUAUUUACCGAAAAAUAAGAUUUAACGCCAAGCUUGGCACUACAAAUAAAAAGCAAACAAGUGGAGGAAGCUAAGAAAGGAGAGGAGGGAGUGAGAGUGAACCUGGGGAGAAAAGGAAACUCACAGCAGUGGAAAGUUUCUCUCUGUCUCUCUAGUUAUUUUUCUCAGGUCUGUUUAUGUGACACUCUGAGGGCCUUUGCAGGCUGGACGCUUGUGCUAAUGUAAUACCGCUGCUGCUAUUGGUGCUAAAUUAAGUGAAAACAAUUAAUAUGUAAAUCUAAUUUGGACAUCUGCAGCUACAACAACUCUUUCGGCCCAACUAUUUAGGAAUUCAGCCCUCAGCUCGGCUUUCAUUAUUAAAAAAAAACAAUAUUACCAUUUUCCGAGCAGCUGAGCGAUGACUAGAAGGGCUGCAAAGAGCCAAUGACAAUACAGAGCUGAGGGGAGGUGGAGGGUGGAGGGAUGAUAGUGUAACCCGCCACCCACGUUGCUGCAAAGAGCGCACGCUCAAAACUCAGGCACUGAACUAUAAAACCACACAGACCCCUGUAUUACUCGUGCUGUCCCAUUCACUUAGGGUGAUCUCAAACAGGCUUUUUCAUCCGCAAGUCUUUCCACGAUUAUUGCAGCACUACAAGUCUCCCGGUGGGGACCGUGCUCCGGCACGCACCCACUCUGUGAGACGUAACACGCUGUUUCCGAGGGCUUAGCCCGGUGAUUGAAGUGGCCACCUGCCCGGUUGUAGAAGAAAGUGGUACAGGUCUUAAGCAUUUCCUGUAAGUCCUGAAAGUACGUCCUGUUGUGACACUAAGGCAUCUAUCCAGGAUGUUUAACCCCAGAAUGCUUGACCCAAAACCUACAUUAAUGCAAAAAGAGUGUCAAAACGACUUCUUUUUAGUUUAAAAUGUUCAUUUGUUCAU